AAAAUAACCAAACAAACUCUCAGUCCACUUUGCUAUAUUCUUCUUCUUCUUCCCGUUCGGUUCACUUGGACUAGAUAAAAACAAAUCAACCUUCUUGCAAAUUUCUAACGCCCUUUAAUUUAAUACUUGUCUUUUCACUUGAUCAGAGAAUUUUCCAGCUAUUCAAUGGCCCAGGAUAUUCUUUCCAACGCUGAUUCACCUCGAAGAAGAUCGGGCCUAUUACGAGAUCAAGUUCAAUUGGUAAAAAGAAGCAACUCUUCUCGUUAUGAGAUAGUCCCAAUUCAAGAUCAGCUAUCAUUUGAGAAGGGUUUCUUUAUAGUGAUCCGUGCAUGCCAGUUGUUGGUUCAGAAGAAUGAAGGAAUUGUACUGGUGGGAGUCGCUGGUCCUUCGGGGGCUGGAAAGACCGUUUUCACAGAAAAGAUCCUGAAUGUUAUGCCUAGUAUUGGUAUCAUAAACAUGGACAACUACAAUGAGCCCAGUCGUAUCGUUGAUGGAAACUUUGACGAUCGACAGUUGACUGACUAUGAGACUCUACUCGAGAAUAUACAUGGGCUGAAAGCGGGGAAGCCUGUUCAAGUUCCUAUAUACGAUUUUAAAUCAAGCUCUCGCGUGGGUUAUAGGACACUAGAAGUUCCAAGAUCUCGAAUUGUUAUAAUUGAAGUUAUAAUUGAAGGGAUAUACGCCUUGAGUGAGAAAUUGAGGCCAUUGCUAGAUCUUCGUGUGUGUGUCACUGGUGGAGUGCACUUUGACUUAGUGAAACGGGUUCUUAGGGACAUCCAACAUGCUGGACAAGAGCCCGAGGAGAUAAUCCAACAAAUCUCUGAAACGGUGUAUCCUAUGUACAAAGCCUUUAUUGAGCCUGAUCUACAGACAGCUCAUAUCAAAAUUAUCAACAAGUUUAACCCGUUCGCUGGAUUUCAGAACCCCACAUAUGUUUUAAAGUCAACAAAAACUGUGACUGUAGACCAGAUCAAGGCUGUGUUUUCAAAUGAAUACAAGGAAACUACAGAGGAAACUUAUGAUAUUUAUCUCCUACCUCCUGGUGAAGAUCCUGAAGCUUGCCAAUCAUAUCUGAGGAUGAGGAACAAGGAUGGAAAAUACACUCUUAUGUUUGAGGAAUGGGUUACAGAUAGUCCCUUUAUUAUAUCACCAAGAAUCACCUUUGAGGUCAGUGUACGACUUCUUGGUGGGUUGAUGGCAUUAGGAUAUUCAAUUGCAACCAUUUUGAAAAGGAGCAGCCACAUCUUCUCUGAUGACAAGGUUUGUGUGAAAACAGAUUGGUUGGAGCAACUUAAUCGUCACUAUGUUCAGGUGCAAGGAAGAGAUCGCUUACAUGUAAAAUAUGUUGCUGACUCUCUGGGUUUGGAUGGUUCAUAUAUUCCUCGCACUUACAUCGAACAAAUUCAGCUGGAGAAGCUUUUAAACGAUGUUCUGGCAUUGCCAGCUGAUCUGAAGACAAAGCUGAGCAUAGAAGAUGAUUUUGUCUCAAGCCCUAGAGAAGCUUUGUCCCGAGCCUCGGCAGAUAGGAGAACAAAGUUUCUAAAUCGCGGUAUCUCACAGUCAUACUCAACACAACGAGAAAAACACCUGUCCAAGCUGACAAAACUUGCGGUUAAUAGUAGAAGAUAUGAUGGGAGAACCCCUGAUUCUCCAGCGCCAGUGGCUAAUCAGGGAGUUGUUUCUCAACUUUCAGAACAAAUUUCCACUCUGAGUGAGCGAAUGGACGAGUUUACAUCUCGGAUGGAAGAGCUAAACUCAAAAAUAUCUGCCAAUAGAGUUUCUGCUAGUCAACAAAAUUUGGCAGUGCAGGCUGAAUCUUGCAAUGGUUCCACACCCACUUCUCUUUUUGUGGCUGGUUUAUGCAAUGGCUCAUUGACUGGUUCUCUUUUACCUCAUUCAUCAUCGGCUUCCCAACUGGCAAGAGAAUCUUCUAUAUUGGAAGAGGUAUUUUGCGUGCUUAUCUUUUCCACUAAUUAGAGGCAAAGGCAUGGCGAGG